UAUGUUUAAACAACCCUCAUAAGUGUUCCCUCAACCUUCGAAAUACACCAUUGAAAUAAUUUUUUAAUCAUCCUUUAUGAUCCCUAGAAUGUAUCAUGUAGCAAUAUUAUUUUAAUAGUUUAGAUUAAAACAAAUUUAAUAAGAAGACAAUGGUUAUGAAUAAAAGAACAUCUUUAUCAGAUUUUAGAUUCAUCAAUAAAUAUUGAUGAAUUAAUAUUCAUUUUGGGAUGAUUGAAA